ACAGCUGAUCGCGUGACGUCACAAGGCGCCGCCAGCUGACAGCUCACUCGCACGGAACACGAGUUUCCUGUUGUUGUGAAGUGAGCUGGACCCGAGAGAUGCCGAAGUACUGUUCGGUCCCGAGGUGCAAGACCGAGUCCUGCAGCGGAACCAGGAGCUUCUACAGGUUCCCUCUGCAGGAGCCGGCGCGGCUGCAGCAGUGGCUGAGGAACAUGGGACGGGAGAACUGGACUCCCUCUCGACACCAGUACAUCUGCCACCAGCACUUUGCGGCGUCGUGCUUCAGGGUGCGCUGGGGGAUCCGUUACCUGGAGAGCGACGCCGUGCCCACGGUGUUCCAGGAGGUCGAGAAAAGAAAAGCUGCUGAGCAAAGUGAGAAGAGGACAAAGCGUGUUCGCCUGCACGGUGAUGACGAGAGGACGGCGGCUGUGGACGCUGCGGAGGUGGAGAACUCGCUGCGCACGGUGCACCUGUAUGAGAUCACGGUCGACCCGUCGCAGUGCGGUGGAACCGGCCUGGUGGAGUCGAGCGAUGGUGUCAAGUCUCUCCACGCAGACCUGAGCACGCUGACAUCAGUGGAUGGAUUCCAAACAGGGACGAGUUUCCCUCUAACGUUAUUCCAGACCGUUGACGACAUGAGGGAGAACACGGAGGUGGUGGUGAUGUCUGACGGCUCCGCUGCUGAAGGCCAAGAUGAGCUUGUGAAUGGAAUCGCAGCCGCCAUUUUAACUCGGGGCCACGACUCCACCCUGGGUCGUACAGGCGAGGCUGUGGCGUCCCUCAGGGCUGAAGACGUGACGUGUUUCACAGAGGAGACCAUCAGCUUCCAAGGAGGCCGUGAAGUCAUCGCCUACUUAGAGAAGAUACCGAGCGUCCUCCCCAGUGCGUCCUCCACCCGGCUCGUCUUCACCCCGAACACGGUGCUGUCGUCCGCUCUGAGCUCCAAGCCCAUCUCAUCCACUGUGCCCAUAGUGUCCAAACACGCGCCACCUCCCCCCGCGGCGCUCGUCCUCACGGUGGAAAGACUGGACACGGACGAGGGGGAUGAUGGGAAGUCAGACGAGGACGGCACAGAGCAGCCGGAUCACCAGCUGGAGGAGCACUGCUACCACAGGAACAGUCUGAGCAAAGAGCAGCUGGAGGCGAUCGUCUCUGAGCUGCAGAAGAAGGUGAAGGUGCUGCAGCAGCGUCACCGCCGUCACCUGGAGAAGCUCCUGGGUCUGGAGAACACGGUGAUCCAGCUGAGACAAAGCAACCUGCUGAACGAGGAGCGGCUGCAGCUGCUCGAGCGGGCGUACGAGCAGACCAGUGCAGCGGUGAUGGACGCUGGAGAGACUGUGGCCAUCAUCUUUGAGGAGGACACGGCCGCGCUCCUGUACACGCCACUGGACGACGCCGAGGAGGAGCUGUGACUGUCCACAUCCUGUGUGUGUGUCUGUGUGUCGUGUUAAAAAACACCAUGACACGGUUGAUGCUGUUGAAAACGAAGCACUAACUACAGUAGCUGUUGUUUUGUAGUUUCCUGAUGUGUGUGUGUGUGUGUGUGUCUGUGUGUGUGUUGGUGGUGGGUCUGCUGUUAGCUUUGCACAAACACGGAUGAGGAAUAAGGGACGAUGUUGAAUGUUGUGUUUUAUAAACCUCACCCCCCCCUCCUCCUCUUGUCUGACCCAAUAAAGUAAUUUGUUUAUGAUACUGUA